UGUUGCACGUUGAUGGAGUAUCAGCUCCGAGCGAGCUCGUCGAUGUUGUAGAAUGAACGGCACGCUAACAUUGGUGGACCUGACGAACGUGAGCUCGGAAGACUCGCGGGCUUUGACAGUGUCCAAAACUGAUCCUGGACUAGAUUUAAUUUAUCGCUAUGAUGUGGAUAUCAGCGUACUGUUGGUCAUUGGCUAUUUAUCGGUGUUCAUUGUAGGUCUUGUGGGCAAUUCCUGCGUGAUUUGGGUGGUGGCUCGAACUCCGCGUAUGCGAACAGUGACUAAUUACUUAAUCGUCAAUCUCGCCUUUAUUGAUAUCGUGGUUUUACUGGUUUGUGUACCGUCAAACCUUCUAUCAAAUCUCAUACAACCAUGGGUGCUUGGUGUCGCUAUGUGCAAGUUGACGUCGUUCUUGCAAGCUGUCACAGUUUCAGCGUCGAUACAGACGCUUGUCAUUAUAUCUGUUGAUCGCUGUGUUGCCAUCUGCUCGACGUCGUUGUCACAGCAGAUCAUUGCGCAAUAUCGAGUUCGCAGCGUGAUCACACUCAUAUGGACAUUUUCAUUACUGCUUAUGAGUCCGAUCGCCAUUUACCAGGAUCUAGUGCAAGCUACCCCAGAUGUCCCCUGGCACAACUGCGUGGACAAUUAUCCAACACAGAAAUUUCGAGUAGUGUUCAACACCGUAGCGUUAUUUGCGUGUUGUUACGUCGUUCCACUUGUUGUUAUUACAGGAACAUACAUCCUAAUAUUUGUUACUGUGUGGAAGCGCUCAAUACCUGGGGAGUGCCUCAACAAGACAUAUACAGCGCAGUACGGUGGCAACCGGACGAUGGCUCAGCGCUCGAAGCUCAAGGUGGUCAAGAUGAUGGUAUGUGUUGUGUCGACAUUUUUUGUUUCCUGGGCUCCGCUCUACCUGGUUCAUGGCUACAUCCUUUUCUAUGGUUAUCCUGAAAAUAAUGAACAGAUGGCCGCCUUUCUACAAUUGGUGCUUCCGAUCUCACAGUGGUUGGGGAUGACUAACUCUUGUAUCAACCCAAUAUUUUACGCGUAUUUCAAUCAAAGGUUUCGACAUGGUUUUGCCGUUAUCCUUGGACGGAGAGACCGUUCCCAAGGUUUUCGAGAUCAGCGGACCCGGCAGCAUAAAUGGACAAUGCCAAACGCUUCGCAUGCAGCCGUACCUGGCGACGAUGAUGAGUUGAUUAAUCCGGACCUUGUAGCGAUACGAAUUGAGACAAGCUUCUAAAACAAUGGUAGAAGCUUACGGAACCCGCUUGGGCUAGGCGGGGUACGAUUAUAGCAGACGAUAGUGGCGGCGACUCGUCAUCUGCUCAUCACAACAAUCAUACGAUGGUCGUGGCGCGACAGACACCUUUGGUGCGACAUGGAGCCAACUAUGGGCAACGUUGACUAUGCGGAAAUAACGAAUUGGCGAAACAAACGGCGAUCUACGAUAUUUUGAGUAAUACUGCACUAAGUGGAACAGGUGCAGUUUACGCUGAGCAUCUGCUCACCUAACGAUAAUCUAAUGAUGUCUUGAUGAGCCAAUCCAAUUGCUGUUUAUUAAUGAGUCUAUAAUAUUAUUGUUAUAUAACAGCACACCGCCGAUAGAUCUCGGUUGCGUAGUAUGUCAGGUAAGCAUAGAAGCAACGAUUAUGUUUUUGGGAAAUGCGAAUUAUAUGCGCUGGCCGCGAUGAUACUUCCUUUUUUGUCAGAGCAUUGCGUCUUUCAUUGUUCAUUGAGUUGCAUAGAGUGUUAUAUAUGGUAAAUGUAAAGCGGAAGUACGACUUUCUGAUUUGUUUAGGGGGCGAUACAAAUCGGACGUUAUUGAACAAACGUGACAAAAUUUCACUCAUCUCUGAGUGGCACAGAAAGAUUUACUAACCUAAUGACCUGAAGGAUCGGAGCACCGCAGACAGCAUAAUUUGACGUGUUGCAACUUCACAGAAUGAUUCUAUUAUCUAACGGUUAAUGUAGCGCGGUCCUUGGGGGUCCGCUAGAUUUCGUGCAUCCUACAUAUUUUUGGAGACCGGCAUCUUAGUUAAAUAAUACGUAUGUUCUCGAUAGAAACAAUGUUUAGAACUGCAUCGUAAAGGAACUUGUAAACCAAUGUUGGUAAAGGUAAAUAUGAUCGGACCUGGUAAUCCACCGAAACUUAACUACGGCGUGAUACUUAGAGGUCGCUAGUAUAUGAUUAUCAUGAUGCAUUAAAGUUAGAACUGGCAAUAAUGCGUUUUCAAGAUUAUAGCUUAUAACUUCUGCCAUUGUUGGGUGCACAUAUCUGCAAAAGUUGUCUGUGUCACUUCGUGCAUGCAUCGGUUAUUAGUAAAGUACUUUGGUAUUGGAAGUAAGUGUUAACUGACAUGUGAAAACUUUGUAAACUCAUUCAUUUUUCAUAACAAGUUUAUCUGAGUGAUGAGAAGUAAGAAAAAAGGUAUACAUCUACAAUGGAUAUUAGAAGUAUUAAUAAGGAAACAUUACACAGGGUUCUGAAAAAUGAAGCGCAAGCGCACUGAAGAAAUUUCUAGUUAAUGUACAAUUAGUUAGAGGAUUGUAAUCAUCACCACUAGGCGUAAUUCGUGGUGCACAGCUUAUAAAUUAACUAAAUGGGCAUUUUGAGCUUUAUGUUCGGUAGCGCCUUUAACUAUGAGUUAACUAAUGGACAUCUAGAAAUGACAAGAAUGUAUUAUAACUUCUGUUAUUAAACUCCUCAAAUACUCCUUGUAUACAUGUAAGUUUUAACUUCAUCAAACGUCUGCGGAAAGCGUCAGAUAAAUCUGGAUACUUUUUUAAUCUGAAUUUCCUCUAUGUAUAAUGGCCCAAAUAGCAAUCUCUAUAUUAGAGAGAGCCAAACCUUUCUAGAAUUAAUCCACACAGUUGUUAUAGCUUGGUAGGAGAGUCCUAUUCGAUUAACGGGCUAAAAGUAUAGUUUUAUUGGAAACCCUUGCGAAAGAAGCAUCGUAGGUAAAAUCAUAAAAGCUUUCUGUCGUGCGAAAUCCACGACCUACGAGGCUGCCACUUGCUCGCAUACCCGUUUAGAAUCCGAGGAGGUUUGUUAUGCACAAGCUGAAAAAUCUACUAAACAAAAAUGACGAUUUAAGAGACGAUCCAAAAAAAUGUGCGAAAAAGGCAUAAAAGAGCUUACCUGAUUAUGUUAUGUUGAUAUUUAGAUUUGGAGUUCAAUUCCUCCGCGAUUCGUAGAAACUAGAAUGUUGUUCAGUUAAUGUCGACCUCAGACACAUGCCUAAUAUCAUCUAAAUUUAACAGAUGCCUUUUGAUAAUCUUGAGGUAAAGGACCCUUUGUUACUAUGUUUUUUUAAGCAUUGGUAAGUGUCAAACGUUCGGCCUUCCAGAGAAAAAAAUCGCUGAAGUUAAUGCAGAAGUCAGUCAAAUGAACAGCUGUUGAUUCGUCCGCUUAAUUCAAUCUAGUUGCGAGAUCGUGGACCAACGCUGUAUCGCAGGAAAAUCGCAUGCUUUCCAAGAAAAAUGGUUCGAAAAAGCCAUUCACUUAACAUCUCACUUUCUCAUUACUUAUAUAUAUAUAUAUAUAUAUAUAUAUAUACAUUAUUUUUCUAAGGACAAGGGAUGUAGUAUCCAGGGGUCAAAAUUAAACAAGAGGUACGUGCCCAAACUAGACGCCAACGUGCUCCACCCGCUUAUGGCCGUAAUCAAGAUGUGUCUUUUUUGCUAAUCUAAAAAAGCGAUUAUAAACAAAGCUUUUACGCGCGGUUUCAGUGAAGAACCAAUACUAUUAUUAGGCUAGCUAUGGCUGCAUCGAAUGGGUCUGCUGGAAUAAUAAACGAAACUGUAGGCACUUCUCAUUUAGAAUGAAAUAUAUGAUUGUGUGAAUUAUUUGCGCGUCGACUGCUUUGCGUUUAGCUGAUGCAUCCUGUAGAUUUGAAUUGUUCUACAUGAGUGUUCCUAAAUGACGUACAGAAAAGUCAAUCACUGCUGAACACUGCUGCGUCGUUCUUUGUGUGAGACAAGCGGGACUGACCUGUAAAUCCAAUUUCUAAAAUAGAGUAUAGAUCCCUGAAGAAGAUUCUCUUUUUUUUUUAAUUGACUAUUGCUCAUGGUGGUAUUUAAGGUGCGUUUUAGGGUGUGCUGUUGAUUACGAGUGUCCUUGAGAUUAUAUUUAGCAGUAUAAACUAUAAGGAGCAAUAAA